UUUUCCGUUUUCUGUGUCAGAGACAGAGAGAGAGAGAGAGAGAGAGAGAGAGAAAAGAGGAAGGAAUAUGGUUUCAUCAGACGCUCCUCCUGUUCCAGCGCUGCUGUAGCGGAUCUGUAGUGCGAGCAGGAGGCUGGAGACUCUGGAAAGCUCUCAGUUCACCAAGCAGCCUACAGGAGCACCACCAGCACACCGGGACACAUAAAUGGUGGAGGCCGUGGUGGAGUUCGACUAUGAGGCCCAGCAGGACGAUGAGUUGAGCCUGACGGUGGGCGACAUCAUCCUGAACAUACGGCGGGACGAUGGCGGAUGGUGGGAGGGCGAGCUGGGGGGACGCAGGGGCCUGUUCCCGGAUAACUUUGUCAGGGAGAUAAAGAAAGAGGGGAAGAGGGAUGGAGGACAGGUCAGCAUGAUCAGAUCUGACCUUUCUAACGGACGGGCCAGCCCCGUGUCCGACCCCAGCGUACGACCGGGCAGGAAAGCAGAUCAAAUCCGUAAGCGGAGGUGUAAAGCGGCGUUCAGCUACGUGCCUCAGCAUGAAGACGAGCUAGGGUUGAAAAUAGGAGACGUCAUUGAGAUCAUAGCAGAGGUAGAGGAGGGCUGGUGGGAGGGAUUUCUAAAUGGGAAGACUGGAAUGUUUCCCUCCAAUUUCACCAAAGUCAUCCUGACGGAGUCGGAAACGCCCUCCUUAGACACCUCGCAGGAGGAGCUGCGCAGCAACCGCACCAGUAAGGAUAGUCCAGGCAGUGAGAGUGAUGGAGGCGACAGUCGGUCAGAAACGGGGUCAGGAGAAAUCCAGCCCAAGAAGGUCCGAGGGUUCGGCUUUGGUGACAUCUUCAGAGACCAGCCCAUCAGGCUCAGACCACGCUCUAUGGAAGUGGACACAGAGGGGGACAAGGCCAACGAGGGGAAAGCAGCGAGCGUUACUCCGGAAACCAUGAAGACUGAACCUGACGGCAAAGCCAAAGGGCGGGAGCUUUGUAAAGUUCUCUUUCCAUAUGAAGCACAAAAUGAAGAUGAGAUGUCACUCAAAGAGGGAGAAAUCAUCAACAUUAUCACCAAGGAGUGUGCUGAUGCAGGCUGGUGGAAGGGGGAGAUCGGGGGAAGGCAGGGUGUUUUCCCAGAUAACUUUGUCAAGCUGCUAGAAGCGGAGAAAGAGAGACCAAAGAAACCGCCUCCUCCCAGUGCACCGUCAGCGAAACACACCGCAGAGAGAAAGUCGGAUCUCAAGAGGGUUCCUCCUGAGCGACCUGAACAUCUGCCACAGAGAGACCCGGAUCGAGGUGAAGAGGUGAAACUUGGAGACAUCCCCAAGCCUUCCCUCCCAUCUCUCCUUCCCAAGAAACCCCUCCCCCCAAAGACAAGCACCUCCUCUUCCUCCCAACCCCCGCGGCGUCCUGAGAGACCGCCCACUCUAGCGUGUGAAAGCCCCAAGUCUGAGGGCGGGGCUUCGACACCAGAUUCUGCCCCUGACAGGUCACAGGACGCUGACGUGGACCUCGACGCGGUGCCGGCAUCAACUGAGAAGCUGAGUCAUCCGACGGCGACGCGGCCGAGAGUCCAAGACCGCCGGCCUCGCUCGCAGAUCAUCACACCCUCUUCCCUGUCCAGCAUCGACCUGGAAUCCCCAGUAGUGGAGGACAGGAAGGAGAAGGACAAAGGGAAGGAGGAGCCGGAGCCUGUCCCCUCCAGACCUGUAGAGGUUUUCCAGAGGAAAGGAGUCCCCAACAUCUCUGCACCUGACAAUAAAGCACCACUGCCCCCCAAGCCCUCAGUCCUGAUCCCGCCAAACGCCGGCCAUCGCCCUUCGUCCCCGUCUUCCUCCUCGGGUCUGAGCCCCUCCCCCGAGCUCCGGCACUCACCUCUGACCCCCCCGACACUGGAGGAACUCAGGAACCAGCUGAGAGACCUGAGGUCCUCCGUAGAACUGCUGAAGAGCCAGCACAGGCAGGAGAUGAAACAGUUAACCAACGCGCUGGAUGACGAGAAGAAGAUUCGUGUUAGUUUACAGAUGGAAGUAGAGCACAUAAAGAAGAACCUGUCGAAAUGAAGACUAAAGCAUCCUCCUAAUCCCCACAUCGGAGACCAACAUUUGAAAACAUUCUCGCUGUUGGCCGAGACACUUCAGCCAAAACAAAGUUUGUGCCAAAAUGAUCGACGCGAUCAACAUCAGCAACAAUACAGUACCAUGGAAUCAGCCACCUCCCCCCGCCCCCUCUGACGCCGCCUUAUCCUGCGUUUACUUCUUUAUUUUUCUUUCAAAGAGGCUUCUCUUGUUAUGUUUACUGCUGUCUUGUCGAAGCUUGCUGUGCCACCGGUACUGAUUGGCAGUGCGUUGCCACGGUUACGCAAUGAUGAGACUGCCGUGGCGACCUCGCCGGUACUUUUUGUUUCUAAGUGUGAAGGAAACUUGGAACUCGACCUUCGUAGCCCGGUUGGUUCAGACGACCUCUGUGCUGGUCCGUGACAACUCUGCGGCCUUCGCCUCCUAUCUGUGUGUGUGUGUGUGUGUGUGUGUGUGUGUGUGAGAGAGAGUGUUUGUUUUCCAUCCAUAUGAGGACUGCAGUUUUAGACCUUCAUAUUAGGGACAUUUUUGUAAAGUGAGGUUGUUUUGGCCGGAUCAUGACUUCUUCUACGGGCAAGAUUAAGGUUAGCACUUGGGCUGAUCAGAGCCUAUACUUUGACGCACAUCAUUAGCAUUGAGGUUGUUUGACACACUGAGCUUGAUGUUUCUAUGGUACACUGCAGGCGGAGGAUUUUUGAAGCAUCAGCCGUUAACAGCACUGGCAAUUGGACAUAUUUCCUUGACCUUUUUUUCUUAGUGUCAUAAUUUUUUAAUUUGCAGUCAAAUAUUCCACCUGUUGGGAGGCUAAAACUAUAAGCACAUCAUGAUUCUUCCCUUAUCAGUUUAAUUAAGUCUAACCAACAAGACAAUUACUGAUACUAUAGGUGCUAUUUAAAGGAAUAGUCGGACAUUUUGGGAUAUUAUUUGCUUUAUUGCUGGGAGUUAAAUGAGAAGAUCAAUGCAACUUUCAUAUCUGUAUGCUAAAUAUGAAGCUACAGCCAGCAGCUAAUUAGCUUAGCUUAGCAUAAAGACUGGAAACAGAGGGAAACCCUAAAGCUCACUAAUUAACGUUAUAUCUAAAAAUGUCAAUUUGUGGUUUUCAAUGACAACAAGUCUUCAGAAAGUCACUGCUCCUGACCAAGAAAUAGUCCGGCACAUAAAGGGUGCUGCAGGAAUGAAUCUUAAAACCCGGAAAUUAGUUUUGCACUUCCGGUUCCCUCGACUUGAAGUCAAUGUUUUUUUUAAUGCAAUUUU